AUGACACGGUCCAUGUUGGGAAGGAAUCCUUGCCUGGUGAGCUGCCUUGCUGCUGGGCAGUAUGUGUUGGAGAAACGGCUGUGCACUUAUCCAUCUGAUAGUGGGGAAAUGUCUCUUGUAGAACGAUUUGCUCAGUAUUACAGGACUUCCCUCAUGGCUCAGAACACUCGUCUCUCAGACAGCAGCACAUCUUGUUUGCAGACACUGGAGCUUAAGAAGGUUGAAGUAGAAGACAGAACAGAGGCAUAUUUAAAAGUUUUGCAGCAAAAAAUUACAUCAGAUACACAGAUGGUUGUUUGUGUUUUGUCCAGUAAUCGCAAAGAUAAAUAUGAUUCAAUAAAGAAAUACCUUUGCGUUGACUGCCCAAUCCCAAGUCAGUGUGUAAUCGCAAGGACACUUAGCAAACCCCAAACUGUGCUUUCAAUUGUGACAAAAAUUGCUUUACAAAUGAAUGUUAAAAUGGGUGGAGAACUCUGGCGUGUGGAAAUACCUUUGAAGGAAAUUAUGAUUGUUGGCAUUGAUUGUUAUCACGACACCACUGCUGGUCGAAAGUCUAUUGCCGGAUUUGUUGCUAGCUCAAAUCCUUUAAUGACACGCUGGUUUUCUCGCUGUGUUGUUCAAGAUCAGAGGCAAGAAAUUGUUGAUGGCCUUAAAGUGUGUAUGCAAGCUGCUUUAAACGCCUGGUAUUCUUUGAAUAAAACUCUACCAUUACGUAUCAUAAUCUAUCGAGAUGGAGUUGGAGAUGGACAGUUAAAAACACUGGUGAAUUAUGAAAUUCCACAAAUACUGGAUUGUGUACGGUCUACUGGGAAAGAAUACAGCCCUAAACUGACUGUAAUUGUGGUUAAGAAGAGGAUCAAUGCCAGAUUUUUUGCACAUUCUGGUGGCAGACUUCAGAAUCCACCUCCCGGGACCAUUGUUGAUGUAGAAGUUACUAGACCUGAGUGGUAUGAUUUCUUCAUAGUCAGCCAGGCUGUUAGAGCAGGUACUGUGACUCCAACACAUUACAAUGUUGUUUAUGACAGCAGUGCAUUGAAACCGGACCAUAUGCAAAGAUUAACAUACAAACUCUGCCAUCUUUACUACAACUGGCCUGGAGUUAUUCGAGUACCUGCUCCUUGUCAGUAUGCCCAUAAACUUGCCUUUUUGGUGGGUCAGAGCAUUCAUCGUGAACCAAAUUUGGCACUUGCGGAUCGUCUUUAUUAUCUGUAG